CCUGGGAUUCCGUCUCGGCGCUUUGUAUAUUACAUUACAUCUCUACGAAGUGUUGCAUUACGUGCAGUUCAGCAUGCCAUGAGCAAACAUCUAGAACGAUAAUUGCGACUCGGGUGGCAUGUAGGUAAACCGGACUACUGGAUCAGCACGUUGUUCAUCUUGUCUAACUAUCUGGGUAUGCAUUGCCCGAUCGCCUUGUAUGACUUGUAUGAGCGACUAUUUGCGAAUGGGUUAUUAUUAAUUAGCUGCGUGGGAGGAGUUACAGCAGGCAGGAUAUCAUAUAUCAUCUCCGCGUUGGUGCACUGCAUAUCAUUAACGGAUGCAAAGACCCAUGCUGCCAUGGAACACCUGCAUGGAAAGCUGGAAAGGAGGCGCUAUGUAUGGAUGGUGCAGAUGGUGUCAGCUUUUAUGCAAUACAACGUGGGGAGGGGGGCUGAAUAAAAGAGGUAUGGUACUCAUUACCGAAAACAAUACCUAGGACAUAAGCAGUAUGUAUUCCCUACCAUGUGGGAAUUGGAGUUGAUUAAGAAUAUGAUCCUACUGCUUUAUAUAUGCAGUAGUGAAUCUCACUAGGCCCGUUCUCUCUCUCACUCCGCUUGACUUCGUGUCAUGGCCCCCAGAAUGUCAGAGACCUCGACGGUUCCUACACCCACUUUUACGCCGGCUCUGGAGCCGCCGCCUGGUGUGCAGUCCAAUCCCGACCAUCCGGCUUCCUUAGCUGGACUCGCCGACAUCACGAUAGGGAUAUGCAUUCCAUUUGUUACCGUAUUCUUCAUUCUACGAUGCUAUGCCCGUAUCGCUAUUAAGCGCGUAUGGAUCUUCGAAGAUUUUAUAGUGACGGCCGCGUGGGCUGGCACCAUUGCCUACUGCGGCAUUAUGAGGGCUACCAUGUCCCAUCACGGUGGUCAGCACGGUUGGGAUAUCACGCCGGCUCAACUCCACGAAGCCUCGUACUGGUUUAACGUUGCGUCCAUCGAGUACGGCGUCAUGAUCGGAGUUACCAAGCUUGCGGUUCUCUGGUUAUAUCGCCGCGUCUUCUCGCCUAUCCGAUGGAGCAUAUUCGACAUCGCCAUCGUCACGCUUAUCGUUCUUAUUACCGGCUUCUACGGGAUAACCACUUUCGUCAAGAUUUUCGAGUGUACACCUCGUGAGAAGAUCUGGAAUAAGACGCUCCCUGGGACAUGCGUGCAGACGAAUCUGAUAUUAAACGUCAGCGGUGGUUUCAACACAGUGACUGAUUUCUUGAUUCUAUUGCUUCCCGUCCACGCUGUGCGCCAGCUCCAGAUGGAUAAACUAAAGCAGACUCUUGUCGUCUUGGCAUUUACCUUUGGUCUAUGCGCUCCCAUUUUUGCGACGAUCGGCUUCGUCGUGCGUCUCAAGAACAGCGGCAACCCCGAUACAUCGUGGAGGCAACCCGAGAUUCUCCUGUGGGGAGCAGCGGAACUCGCCUCCGGCAACCUGUGCGUCUGCUUCCCCGAGCUCGCGUUCCUCUUCCGGAAACGAAACCGCAAGGCCAACACUCCGAAUCGCCCGACCGCCUCUCAAGUCAGGGGCUGGAACGAAUCGAAAGGGUCAUCCCAUCCACCAUCGGACCCAUACUUUACCAAGAGUCUCAUGGGUACGAUGUUUAGCACGAAUGGAGAUGGACCGUACAUCGAGCUGCAAGACCACGGCAAUGAUGUGAAUGUGACGCCAAUGGGGCAUCUAUCACACAGAGAAAAGCCGGAGGAAGGUGUUGUAAUAAUAAGAAAUGAAGUUACUGUCGAGCGUCAAUAGCGUUCUACUAGUUGGGUUCUCGGGGUCGGAGUUAGCGUAAUCUGCACAAAGGGUUCAGUGCCAAGUCAGCAUAUGGGUUUUGGGAAAUGAAGAGAAGGUCUUCGAUCGGACUGGAUGGGAAACGGUGGGAUUUUUUGAUAGUUGACGAAUAUUCUGUGGCUUUACGAUGUGCUGUUAUAUCACGCUUCGGGUCGGUGCUUAUAGCUCUGUUCUCGCAAUGUAUAUCCUGAUACCAUAACAACUCUCAUUAAGAAUCGAUAACACUUGUCAGAA